AUGGCAGGAGAGAUGAAUUUCUGGGACAUCCUUUUGGAAGCAGUGGAGGAUCUUGUGUUGGACAUGUUCAAGAAGUUCAAGCUAAAAUUAUCACAUAUUGAUUAUGAAGGCAUGCACAAUCUGUCCAGAGGUUUACUUGAAGAAACCAAUGAUGCAGUCAGGUUUGCUGACUGCAUGUGUGAGUGCUAUGGACCAGACAUUGCUGUGGAGGUAGCCAUCUGUGUGCUGGAAAGGAUUGGUCAAAGAGACACUGCAGCUAAACUGAAGCAGAAGAAACAGCAAGAUUACAGGCAGAAAUACAGAGAGCAUACAGCAAGAGAGUUCUGUACAUUUAAAGAGGUGAACGCUUGUCUGGGUGAGAAUGUGACUCUAAGCAGUAGAUAUACGAAGCUGGUCAUGAACAUGAAGUCCUGGGUCUAAGGGAAAGACAUGCAGAAGUCGGAAGGGAAAAUGCUCACCCUGCAAUUACUGUAGAAACACUUUCAGCCUGAUGAAAGAGGUCAAAUGCCACAGAUCAUUGUGUUGGUGGGUGGCACAGGGAUUGGAAAGACAGUGACGGCACGACAGAACAUGCUAGACUGGGCAAGAGGAGCCAUUUAUGCACAAUUUGACUAUGCUUUCUACAUAAACUGUAGAAAAAUCAACCUUUCUCAGCAGGCAGAUAUGCUGAGUCUGGUGGAUCUGAUCUCAGCUUGCCAUCCUUGUGGAAAGGCACCAUGUGAAGCAAUCCUAGCCAGUCCCGAAAAACUCCUGUUCAUCAUUGAUGGCUUUGAUGAACUGAGGUUUUCCUUGGAUCAGCCAAAAAAUAAACUGUGUUUUGACUGUGGCAAAAGGAAGCCAGUGGAAAUCAUUCUGAGCACUUUAUUUCAGAAUAUUCUCCUCUCUCAGUACUCUUUGCUCAUCUCUACAAGGCCAACAGCUCUUCAAAGGCUGGGGCAGUGUUUAAAGGAGGAGCGUUAUGCAGAAAUAACGGGCUUUUCAGAUGCUGAGAAGGAGGAAUAUUUCCACAAGUUCUUUGGGGAUGAAGAGAAAGCAAUAAAAGCCAUUACCUUUGUCAAAAGAAAUGACACUGUCUUUGCCACGUGCCUUGUACCCAUCAUGUGUUGGACAAUCUGCACUGUCCUCAAACAAGAACUUAAUGAAGGGAAAGAUCUUGUCCAGACUUCUAGAACAACUACAGAGCUGUACAUGCUGUACCUUUCCAGCUUAGUCAAGUGUAAGAAUGAUGAUUUGAAGCAGGAUAUGAAGAAGUUCCUUAGCUGACUUUACUGCAUGGCCGCUGAUGGAAUCUGGAAGCAGAAGAUCCUGUUUCAUGAAUAGGAGAUUGAGGCAUAUGGCUUAAAUCACCCAGUCCUCCUCUCCCUUUUUCUGAAUUAGAGUGUUCUAAGAAACCGUAUAAAGUGCGUGAGUGUCUACAGCUUCCUUCACCUGAGCAUUCAGUUUUUUGCAGCAUUGUUCUACGCACUGGAGAACAACGAGGAAACAGGAGAAUCGGGGACGAUGGGGAAGGAUAUAAAGAAAGUGUUAGAAAAAUAUAGUCAGUAUGAUACAAAUUGGACAUUAGUGGUACGAUUCCUGUUUGGCUUGUUAAAUGAGGAAACAAGUGAGUACCUGAUAGAAAGAACUGGGUGUAAAAUGUCACCUAGAGUUAAGGAAGACUUAUUGAAGUGGAUUCAGAUAGGCCAAGGAAUGACUUCAUGUUCUGGUGGAGUGAUUCACAACUUGAAUGUAUUUCUGUUUGAGAUUCAAGAAGAAACAUUUGUGAGCAAUGCAUUGGAACAUUUCACUGGGAUAAUUCUGAAAGACUGCAUCCUGAGCCAAUAUGAUCAAAUGGUUCUUUCAUUUUGUGUCAAACAGUGGACUGGACUGGACUCCUUUCAUCUUGAAGGGUGCUCAGUUGCACUGGAAGACCAUGAAAACAAGUUUGUUCCAGGACCUCCAGAUAGAGCCCCUGAUGCCAGUGCACGGAUGAUUCGCACCGAGGUGGAGCUGAGGUCUCUCGGUCGCCUCCCUCCGCAAGACAUGUCGUGCUACAGCUCGUGCCUGCCAGCCGCCUGUGGCCCAACCCCGCUUGCCAACAGCUGCAACGAGCCGUGCAUCAUGCGGUGUGCCAACUCCAGCGUUGCGAUCCAGCCCUCGCCAGUGACAGUGACGCUGCCGGGCCCAAUCCUCAGCUCCUUCCCGCAGAGCACAGCCGUGGGAUCCACCGCGUCGGCUGCCGUGGGGAGCUCUCUCAGCGCUGGCAGUGUGCCCAUCGCUUCUGGGGGCUCCCUGGGGCUUGGGGGCUUUGGGUGGUCCGGUCUGGGCCGUGGGCUCUGCGGGCCUCUGGGACGGGGCAAUCUCUUCCGCUGA